UAACAAAGAAGAUAUUUCUAAAUUAAAAAAAAAAAAAAAUCAAACCUUUAGAGGAAAAUCAAACCUUUAAUUCACAUGUUCAACAUUCUAACCAAUCCCCAAAUCCCACAUUUCCAGCAAGAAUUAGAAAAGAAUGCAAGAGAAUAACCAUAAUCGUAACCACCAUCAGCACCACAGCUGGAAGCCGUUACCGAAACGCAUAAUCCUAGUCCGACAUGGUGAGUCCGAAGGCAACUUAGACACCUCAGCCUACUCGACAAUCCCCGACCACCAGAUCUCCUUAACCGAACUAGGCCAUGCUCAAGCCCGCCUGGCCGGUUCCCACCUCCGGGACCUCAUUUCCUGCCAUGGCUCUUCCUCUGAUUGGCGGGUCUACUUCUACGUCUCUCCUUACGAGCGCACCCGAUCCACUCUACGGGAGAUCGGGAAAUCGUUUUCCAAGAAAAGGGUGAUUGGGGUGAGGGAAGAGUGUAGGAUUAGAGAACAGGACUUUGGGAAUUUCCAGGUGGAGGAAAGGAUGAGAGUUAUAAAGGAGACGAGGGAAAAGUUUGGGAGGUUCUUUUAUAGGUUCCCGGAAGGUGAAUCUGCUGCUGAUGUUUUUGAUCGUGUUUCCAGUUUUCUUGAAUCACUAUGGAGAGACAUAGACUUAAAUAGGCUUCACAUUGAUCCUACUCAAGACUUUAAUCUCAUAAUAAUCUCACACGGUCUGGCCUGCCGGGUGUUUCUAAUGAAGUGGUUCAAAUGGACAGUUGAGCAAUUCGAGCUCUUAAACAAUCUUGGCAAUUGUGAGAUUCGAGUUAUGGAGUUGGGACAUAGUGGAGAAUAUAGCUUAGCAAUCCAUCAUACAGAUGAAGAGUUGCUAGAAUGGGGACUAUCUGCAGAAAUGAUAGAAGAUCAGAAAUGGCGGAUUAAUGCCAACAGGGCUGAUUCGAAUGAUCAUUCUAGCUGUUAUCUUAAUUCAUUUUUUAACCAUCAAUUAGACUCAGAUGAUGAGGAUGUCAAAGAAGUUGAUAUUGACUCAUAUGAUGAUACCAAAAAAAUGGUUUAGAUACUGAUUAUUAGAAUUCAAAAGUUGUGUUGUAGUAAUUUCUAUUGAAAAGUUCAUUCAUGUAGAUAGAUUUAACAAGCAACUCAUAAUUGACUUAUUAAUUUUAAAUAUGACAAGGUGAUGUAAGACGGAAAUGAUAUAUAAAAAGACGUGAAAGUA